UUUAGGACUUUAUGAAAAUGGAAAAUUAUGAGGCAUAUGUAGGUUUUGAUCUCUGUGAGACACCUCUCUCCGCUGUUGCUCAGAAGAUUAUGUCUGCUAUGCGUUCAGGUGAUUUAAUGGAUUCUAGGAAUGAGGGAGAGAGUACAAAGACUUCAAAAGUGACAAAGAAGUCCAGCGCUCAUUACUCAGUACUAGCUGAACAUGAGAAGACUCAAUCGCUAGAAAAAAAGAACCCUGAGUCAUUAAUAACCCAGACACCAAGAGGAUCCAUUGAACUCUGUCCUCAGCCCUCCAUUACUAAGCUCACAUGUCAGCUCUCUGCCGGUCAAGUACAGAACAGCAGAAACUCAUUGGGUCUUUCCAGUUAUUUAAUUCCACAGUGUGAUCAGGAAGCUUCAGUUUUACAGCACAUGGAGCAUAAGAGAAAGCAUUUCCUAAAGGAAAAUACAGGCAAAGAAGAUAAGGACAGCUUGAGUCUUAAAAGAAAAUAUAUUACAUGUAGUAAUUCCUCAGAAAAAGCAAGUAAUCACACAGCCCUGGAAAAAGAUACUGAUGGGACUGAAUCCUGGCCAAACUCUGAGGACACAAGAGCUUUGGGAAAAAAGCUGUGUGAUGUUAGAUAUUUGGGUGAUUUGGCGAAAGCCCAGCUGAUGGAUGCUCUCAAGCAGGCAGCAGCCCUGGUGGUGACAUUGAUGUACAAGGAUGGUUCCACACAGCUCAGCACCAAGCAGGCUUUAACUUGUACUGUUAAAGGAAUUGUGAUGUUACUAAAAUGCCAUGUAGGCAGCAGCCCUCUGACUCUCCCAACCCAUGGUGGUGCUCUGGAAAAGGACUUUACAUCCACAGAUCACUGUGUCUACAUACAUACGGAGCAUUCCCCUUUCUGGGACCCAAAGCAAGAAGCACAUAAUCUAUUUGUCAGGAACAUACUGUUUUGGACACUGAGGUGUAAAUGCCCCGUUGUUUGUUUUAAUGCCAAGGACUUUGUGAGAACAGUACUGCAGCUCUAUGGUGAAGAUGGCAGUUGGAAGCAUGUUGCUGAUUUUGUAGGACUAGAUCCCAGAGUUGCUGCAUGGCUCAUAGACCCCAGUGACACUGCACCUUCAUUUGAAGAUUUAGUAGCAAAACAUCUAGAAAAGUCCGUCACAGUCAAACCAAGCAGCACAUUCAGUGAAGCCUCAAGAAAUACUGUGAGUCAGAAUGUAUGUAUGAACCUGAAGAUACUCUACGAUCUUACAAUGGAUCUUUGUUCUAAGUUGAAGGCUUAUGGCUUAUGGCAGCUAUUUUGUACUUUGGAGCUCCCAUUGAUACCAAUUUUGGCAGUGAUGGAAAACCAUAAGAUUCCAGUUGACAAAGAAGAAAUGGAGAGGACAUCAGCACUCCUCGGGGCUCGCCUCAAGGAAUUGGAGCAAGAAGCCCAUUUUGUUGCAGGAGAACAGUUUCUUAUAAUGAGUAAUAAUCAACUUCGUGAGAUCCUCUUUGGCAAGUUGAAGCUGCACCUGUUGAGCCAGAGGAAGCAUCUUCCCAGAACUGGGCUGCAGAGCCGGCUGUCCACAUCAGAAGCCAUGGUACAAGCUGCCUUCUGUGCUGGCAGCAGACCAUUUAGACAAGGUGCUCUCACUCAGAGUUAUGCUUCUGGCUGUACACCAGGAGAUGAGCAGGUUCACAAGAUCAAGUCAACUUUUAUAGAUGGAUUACUAGCUUAUAUGGAAAAGGGCACCAUCUCUUCUACAUGGAAUCAGACUGGAACUGUGACAGGGAGACUUUCAGCCAAGCAUCCUAAUAUCCAGGGUAUCUCCAAGCACCCAAUUCAGAUUUCUAAGCCUUGGAAUUUUAAAGGUAAAGAAGAAGAGACUGUCACCAUCUCUCCAAGAACCCUAUUUGUGUCCUCUGAAGGCCACACCUUCCUGGCAGCAGACUUUUCACAGAUUGAAUUGCGCAUUCUUGCACAUUUAUCUGGGGAUCCAGAGCUUUUGAAGUUAUUCCAGGAUUCUGAAAGAGAUGAUGUAUUUUCUACCCUGACUGCACAGUGGAAGAACAUUCCCAUAGAGCGUGUGACACACAUGGACAGAGAACAGACCAAGAAAGUGGUGUACUCCGUGGUCUAUGGAGCCGGGAAAGAGCGGCUUGCUGCUUGCCUUGGAGUCACUGUUUUGGAAGCCACCCACUUUCUGGAGAGAUUUUUGCACAAGUACAAGAAAAUCAAGGACUUUGCCCAGACAGUUAUUGGCCAGUGUCACAGCGCAGGCUAUGUGACAUCCAUCUUGGGUAGAAGGAGGCCUCUCCCUAGGAUCUGUGCACAGGACCAGCAGCUUCGGGCACAAGCAGAGCGACAAGCAGUAAACUUUGUGGUACAAGGCUCAGCCGCAGACCUCUGUAAGCUAGCCAUGAUUCGCAUCUCUACUGCAGUAGCCACAUCCCCAACCUUGACAGCCAGGUUAGUUGCCCAAAUUCAUGAUGAGCUGCUGUUUGAAGUAGAAGAUUCUCAGGUCCCUGAGUUUGCAGCUCUUGUCAGAAGGAUCAUGGAGUCCUUGCAACAGGUACAGACCCUGGAACUGCAGCUGCAGGUGCCCCUAAAAGUGAACUUGAGUGUUGGCCGCUCAUGGGGACACCUGGCCCCACUGCAAGAGAUACUGGGCUCAGCCUGACCCAUCUCCCAGCAACAAUCCGGCUCCAGUGAGGUCCCUGUUCCCUACCCCCAUA